CCGACACGUCCGUGGGAGAGUGCCGCAUGGAAGCAGCCGCGCUGCUUCCGCGCGAAGCUCACCGAGACCUGGCGGUGCAAGGAGGAGCGCUUCCAGGAGAUCCUGGACGAGCUUCGGACAGACAAGCCUUCGAAGGAGACGUUCCGCAAGAUCGUGCGCGAUCACAAGGCGUGGAAGAGCAGAGGCGAUCCCACGCCCGCCGAAAUGAAGAAGCUCUUCGAGAAGCACCCAGACACGCGGAUCGCCACCUGCACGCGCAGGGGCGCCGCGGCCGUGAACGAGGCUGCAGUCGCUGCGCUGUGCGGCCGCAAGACCCCGCUGGCCACGCUGGACGGCGACGUGGAACUCAACCCCGAGAACUACCUGGAUGGCAAGCUCCGCACGGACCGCAGGCUGGUUCCAAGCAAAGUGCCGAUCCAUAAGGGGAUGAAGUUGUACCCGACGAAGAACAAGAACAAGGAGGCGGACGAGGUCAACGGCAUGCUUUCCGAGGUGGAGAACUACCGCGCCGAGGAGGACAUGCUGCGCGUGAUGACGAAGACUGGCCAUCGUCUGGCCAUCACUCGCUGGACCGAUCGCGAGAAGGGCAACGCGGUCUACUUUCCAAUCCGCCUCGGGUACGCCAGCGCCAUCGACAAAGUGCAAGGCGACGAGUUCCCCCACAUCACUAUAUACCUGGACGGAUGGCCUCGACCAGCAGCGGGGUAUACAGCGCUAAGCCGUGUCGCGACGUCGGACGACUACCUGAUCGGCGGCUACGUGGAGCGCGAGAACUUCAUACCCGCGUUCUGA